AUGGACAAUGCUUUUCAGUAUGUUAAGGAUAACAGAGGCCUGAAUUCCGAGGAGUCCUAUCCAUACCUCGGGACAGACACAGGUUCAUGCAAUUGCAAGCCUGAGAUUUCCGUUGCCAAUGACACUGGCUUCGUGGUUGUUCCUGGCAAGGAGAAGGAGACUGUGCUCACAGUGGCGACUGUAAGGCCUGUCUCUGUCGCUAUUGAUGCCCAUCAUUCAUCCUUCCAGUUCUACCAUCCAGGUAUCUAUCAUAACCCAGACUGCAGCAGUAAAGACCUGGAUCAUGACGUGCUGGUUGUGGGCGAUGGCUAUGAAGGAACAGAUGCAAACUCAAAUAAAUAUUGGCUUAUCAAGAACAGCUGGGGUCCAGAAUGGGACUGGAAUGGUUAUGUGAAAAUGCCCAAGAUCAAGACAACCACUGUGGAAUCAUGA